AUGAUCGCGACUGGCGGCCUCCUGCGGAUCAACCGGCGUCAGGACUCAAACAAAACACACAAACCCCGCACACACAAGAAGAAGAGCAAGAAGAGAAAGAGUGAGGUGGUGGUGGUGAAGGGGAAGUUGAAGCUGUGCUCGCUUCCGGGUCUUGUGGCGGCGCUCGGGGUUCUGGUCCUGCUCGGGGGGGUGGUCAUGGCGACUCUGGGCUAUUGGCCCCGAAAUGGACUGUUGUUCAGAGCUCAGCCACAGGAGGGCGCUGCCAUGGCCUCAGUGUCAUCCAUCAGCUCCACACCUGAUCCUUCUCAGGGAGGAGAGAGGGGGGAGGAGCUCCAGAGAGAAGAGGGAGGGGAUGGAGGGGGAGGAGCCGACGACACUGUGAACCAGACGGAAUCCAUCAACAGGACGAGCCAACUCCUUCCAAGAAGCUUUGUGGACGAUUUUCUGGACAGGUAUCUGUACUCUGAUAGGCUGAAGGUCUUCGGUCCUCUCAUCAUGGGCGUCGGUAUCUUUCUCUUCAUCUGUGCGAACGCCGUCCUUCACGAGAACCGGGACAAGAAGACGAAGGUCAUCAACCUGCGCGACAUCUACUCGACCGUCAUCGACCUCCACAGCCUCCACAGGCUCCGCCCCUCCUCCUCCACCCGCCCCUCCUCCUCCACCCGCCGCUCCUCAACCAAUCCCCUCAACGGCCUCGUUAACUACGUCCAAUCAAAGAGCCUGGAGAGUAAACCCAGUUCUUACCCUGCGAUGAGCAGGAGGGAGGGUGGGGGGGGAGGAGGAGGGGGAGCGUUGCCAAGGCAACAGUUGCUUGGCAGCAGCAGAGGGGGCGGUGGGGGGGGUGAUAGGGGAGGAGGCUCUGUGUUCAGUAUCUACCAGAAUACCCCUCCCCUUGACUCCUCCUCCCACAUAUUACCCCCCCCCACCAGCCCGCUGCCCCCUCCCCUACAGAGGGGGGGGCUCAGCUUCUUCACCUUACCUUUACGCCGCCCGCCCCCCGCCCCCCCCCGCCGGAGGCACUCAGCACGGGCCAGGACAGGAGGAGGUGAGGAUAAAGGUCGACCACGCCCACUGAGCUGCUGCCCCUCCCCUUCCCCACGACCCCUCCAGGAGGCGCCGUUAGCAGCUUCCUGCAGUUCCUCCAGCCUCCACAGGGGGGCGCCAGGAGGCUCCCAGGCCCUCUUCCUCUCCUUCUCCUCCCUCACACCCUCCCACCUGUCUCUCUCCUCCCUGUCUCACCUCCUCUCCCCCUCCUCCCUCCUGAUGAGAGACCCUCCUUGCAGGAGGCGGAGCCUGCCGACCGGGGGCGUCGCCGUUGGGUACAGGGAGCUGACUCACGGCGAGGCUGCAUCCUUUGAGUCGACAGAGAUGACAUCAUUACAGCCUGUGACCUCACAGAAGUCAGAGGAAAUGACAUCACAGAGGAAGUACUCCAACAGGGAGAAGCUGAGGAUGAUCACUCAGCUGAUGACACGUGACGACCAAUCAGGAGCUGACAUCACAACUCUGCAGUCGUGA